AUGAGUGAAUCUUUAUCUGACCCAGACAAAUUACAGGCAGGUGCCAAACUCCGCCACCGCUACGUAAUACCACAAGACAUACCACAUGGACUGACAAAUUUGCCUCCAGUGGAGAUCACUAACAAAGAAAUGGAAAAACCUGAUGAUGGUGAAGAAGACAUGUGCUCAGAUCUACAGGAUAUUGACGAUACGAUCAAAAAAUCUUCUCCGAAAGAGGCUAACCAAAAGAUAAAAGAGAGGCUUGAUGAUCUUGCCAAUGUUAAUUUGAACAUUGCUAUAACUGGCAUGACAGGGGCAGGCAAGUCCACCCUUGUAAAUGCCAUCAGAGGACUACGCAAUGAUGAUGAACUGGCCGCUAAAACUGAUGUAACAGAGUGCACAAAAUAUCCCACUAUGUACCCUCAUCCAACACUGCCAAAUGUGAAGAUCUGGGACCUGCCAGGCAUUGGAACCAAAGAUUUCAAUGCAAAGACAUAUCUGAAGAAAGUUAAAUGGGACACAUAUGACUUCUUCCUCAUAGUGAGCUCAGAAAGGUUCAAAGAGAAUGACAUUAAGCUGGCAAAAGCAGUUCGGAAAAAGAAAAAGUUGUACUAUUUUGUACGCUCAAAAAUUGACAAUGACAUUUAUGCAGAGUCCACAAAAAGGGACUUUAAUCAAGAGAACAUGCUCAAAAAAAUUAGGGAUGACUGUAAAAAAAACCUGAAGGGACUAGGAAGUCCCAAAGUCUUUUUGAUAUCCUCCUUUGAUUUAGAGAGAUAUGACUAUCCUAAACUUAUCAGUACCCUGGAGGAGGAGCUUCCAGAAAACAAGAGAUUUGUUCUCAUUCACUCAUUACCAGUUCACUCUCUUGAUGCUCUUGAGAGGAAGAAGAAGUAUUUCCGGAAGCUGAUUUGGUUGUCAGCAUUUGGCGCUAGUGCGGUUGCAAUCACUCCUAUUCCAGGGCUAUCACUGGCAUGUGAUUAUGGCAUUUUGGUGAGCUUCUUUGAAAAUGUCUACAAGUCCUUUGGCCUGGAUGAAAAAUCACUAGAACUACUGUCAGCAAGAGUCAACAAGCCAGUCGAAACUCUGAAAGCAGCCAAGGAAUCACGCUUCAAAGAUGGAGUCAAUGAAGAUGUGUUAUUCGAUAUGCUUAAAAAACCUAUUGUGGUAGCUGCACUAACAAUUGAGCAACUGUCAAGCUUUGUUAUUGGCAUUGGUUCACUAACUGCAGGAGGAGUGUCUAUUGCCACCAUAUAUCAUCUGUUAAAAAAGGGACUGAAUGAAAUGGCAGAAGAUACCAAAAGAGUACUCAAAGUGGCAGAGAUAGCAUAA